AUGAAGUUCUCCGUGUUUACCGCGCUUGCCACCCUCGCUGCCCUGACCAGCGCCUUCGACGUCUCGGUCACCUUCUACGGCGAGAACAACGAAGAAUCUUACAGCCUCUUGGUUCCAACUGACAGGACCCAAGUUCAAAUCGAUAACCCCCUAGUCGUUCACCGCGUCACCUCGCCCGGCGGCGGCUUCUGUACCUUUGUGGGUGUCGACGGCGAGAGUGUUGUUAUCUAUGCGGAGGAUGAGAAGUUCCUUAAGACGCCGCAGGCGAUCAAGUGGGGGAGUUGUGGAAAUAACUAA